CGUGUUUAAGUUGUACCAAUUUAAAAAUAAGUAUCGACAAGCCAUUAGAAGCCCAAUAGAAGCGUAAAAGCUCAGCCUCAAGUUACGUUGAAACUCCAGAGUAGGAGCGGCGACUAUGGCCAACAGAGACUGAGGGUUAGACCAUAUUCUCCAGGCUUGCUUACAUAACAGCGCAAAGACCGGUAAUGCCAUACUCAUAGACUUAAGAAUGAUCUCUUUACCUCCUUGAGAUAGUAUUUUGAGCCCCCACCUCUAAGUCUCCGAACUUUCUCUUGAAUAAAACUCAGAAGUUUACUUUUGGAACCACGUAAACAUUCAGGUAAUCCUAGAUAGGAUCUUCUUCAGUCUCUUAACUAUUUCCGCUCCUUCCUCUGCAGUUGCUUUACAAAGUAGCAAGCUAUCAUCGGCAAAAAGCAGGUAGCGCACGCCAUUCAGCUUCCCAGACGUCUCAGCUUGAUUAAGAGUACUCACCAAGGCCUCAGCACACAAAAUGAAAAGUAAUGGGGAUAAGAGGUCUCCUUGUCGGAUCCCUCUCUCUAGUUUUAUGAAGCCAUGUUGUCUACCGUUUAGGAGCACCGAGUAAGUAACAGAACUGAUACAGGAUACGAUCCAUGUCACCCAUUUCCUAUCAAAACCCAUCCUCUCCAGCAGGAACUCAACAAAACACCAUUUGACACGAUCAUAAACCUUUGACAUAUCCGUGUCUUGAUAGCCAUGAACUCACUGUCAAUCCCGUCCUUCCUCCUCAAAGCGUGCACCAUCUCAUAUGCUACUAAAAUGUCAUCAGUGAUAAGACGCUCACUAACAAAAACACCUUGAGUAUCUGAUACAAUAUCAGGUAGAAUUCUCUUCAAUAUGUUGCAAACUAUCUUAGAAAUGAUCUUAUAGUCAACUGAACAUAGGCUGAUGGAUCUUAACUCAAUCAUCAUUGAUGGGUUAGUAACUUUGGGCAGUAAGCAAAUCUGAGUAUGGUUCCAUCCAGCAGGUAAAACUGCCGUCCUGAAAAAACUCUGCACUUUUCUGACCGUGUUUGGACCCACAAUGGACCAAAAUCUCUUGUAAAAUGUGUCUGUUAGUCCAUCUGCUCCAGGCGCACUAUCUUCCUUGAUGGAAAAGGCUGCAACCCUAACUUCCUCAGCAAGUACUGGGGUCGUUAACAUCGUGUUCAUAGCAGGAGAAACUCACUCAACCAUUUAGAACUUAAACAUGAAAAAACUGUACUUUAAGAAAAGAAAAAACAGAAGCCUAAACCGGAAUUUGGAAAGAGUGUUAUGGAAACUAAAAUUUGCACUGUCAAAUUUGAGCGGAAGAAAGCUUAGUUUUCCUUGAAGACAAAUACAUAUUUUUCAAAAAAAAUCAUGUAUAUAUUGUUCAAAAUAAAGGUAAAGCAUAAGGAUAAAAAAAUAAAGUUAAUGAAACCAAAUUUAGUUUGCUACAUAGAUACCACUUAAUAUCCAUAAAAAAUAGAAUCAAAUCAAGUUUUCAAAACAAAAAUUAUCCUGCUUAUUCAGAUCUAGUUAUAAUUAUAUUCUGAUUCACAUGUUUACCAUGAUUAGUCUGACAUAUAGUUUCUUCCUAAUCAUAAUUAAGUUAGCGUUAAUGUAAAAAACUAUGACCUGUUGCGUCCGAUUACUUUAAGUGCUGGUGAAGCAAUAAGAUACCGAAUUCUAUGAAUCUUAAUUAAUCUUGCGUUAAUUAAACUGGCUAUCAAGUGAAUGGUCAACUGUCUUUAUAGAUAAAAGACAAAAACAAUGACGAAGUCCCGUUUCCACGAAGUUACUGAUCAACAACUAAUAAUCAAACUCAGCGACCUUUUCUUGAUAAAGAUAAUCAAACUCGAGGAUUAGUGAGAGAAAAGAAAAGAAUAAAAAUAUCAUGGAGGAGAUUCGUCAGAAAAGAGUGCUGAUGAUUCCUGCACCAUUCGAAGGUCAUUUACCUUCGAUGAUGAACUUAGCCUCAUUCCUAUGUUCCAAAGGCUUUGCCAUAACUAUAGUUCGAACCCAAUACAAUUUCUACGAUAUCUCCGCUGACUUCCCGGGUAUCAACUUCUUCACCAUCGACGAUGGCUUGUCUGAAUCCGACAUGUCGUCUCUGGGGCUCCUUGACUUUAUUCUGGAACUUAACUCUCUCUGUGAACCCCUCUUGAAAAAAUUUCUAACACUCAAGGAUGAUUUUGACUUUAUUAUUCAUGAUGAAUUCGUCUACUUCCCUCGACAAGUUGCACAAGAUCUGAAUCUGCCCAAGAUGGUCUUUAGUGCUUCUUCAGCUGCCACUUCGAUCAGUCGAUGUAUGCUUAUGGAGAACCAAGACAAAUGGUUACACCAUGGGGAAGAAGCAAGAUCUAAACUUGAAGAAUUGGUGCCGAAGUUUCAUCCCUUUCGAUACAAAGAUCUACCUGUGACAGCUUAUGGAUCUAUGGAGAGACUGAUGUUACUUUACCACAACGUAAGCAAGAGAGACACAUCUUCUGGUAUAAUACACAACUCUUCCAGUUGUUUAGAGAACGUAUUCACAUCAGCUGCAGAAGACACCUGGGGCGUUCAGGUAUAUCCGGUUGGUCCACUCCAUAUGACUGAUUCCGCAGUCACAUGUCCAAGUUUGUUUGAGGAAGAAAGAAAUUGUCUUGAAUGGCUUGACAAGCAAGAAACAAAUUCCGUGAUCUACAUAAGCAUGGGAAGUUUGGCAAUGACGCAAAAGGAAGAGUUUGUGGAGAUGGCCAUGGGAUUGAUUCAGAGUAACCAGCCUUUCUUAUGGGUGAUCCGACCAGGUUCCAUAACGGGGCAAAACUCCGUAGACUCGUUACCGGAACAGUUCAGCCAAGCGCUGACCCAUGGCGACAGAGCUUUUGUAGUGAGUUGGGCCCCACAGAAGGAGGUGUUACGGCAUAGAGCGGUGGGAGGGUUUUGGAACCAUUGUGGAUGGAACUCAAGCUUGGAGAGCAUAAGCAGUGGCGUGCCAAUGAUCUGCAGGCCUUACUCAGGGGACCAGAGGGUAAAUACUAGACUUAUGACACAUGUUUGGCAAACUGCAUUUGAGGUCGAAGGUGAACUGGACAGAGAAAUCGUAGAGACGGCUGUGAGGAAGCUUAUUGUGGGUGAUGAAGGUAAAGAGAUGAGGAGGAGAGCUAAUGAAUUGAAAAAGCAGGUUGAAGACUCUGUAAGAAUAGGAGGCUCGUCUUACAGUGCUUUAAUGAGUUUGGUCGAUUCGAUAAUGUCAUCAUAAGUAUUCAACACGGUCGUCUCCCAAGAACAACGUAAACUAAGAUAUUCUGAGCCGAACAUGUAGGGUGAGAAUCAGUUAAAUAAGUAUGUGCCUUCAACGAACGCAAUAAAAUAAAGUGUUUCUUGAAAA